GCGAGCUAACAAGUUUAGGACAUCAGAAGUGAAGUGGAAACAAAAAGGGUAUCAGCAAAGGUCUCAACUCACUCAUUUGGGUCUGGAGGAGACAUGGUUAUGAUGGCGGCUCUUCUUCCUGCCAACUUCUCCACAGUCAAUGUCUCGGUGAACAUUACAAGCAAUGCCUCAGUGAACAGUACAACCAAUGCUUCGUGCCACAACAUCCUGCUCUCAGAGCAUCAAAACAAGGUUAUCCCCACCAUCUACAGCAUCAUCUUCGCCCUAGGUUUUGUUGGGAAUGGGCUUGUUGUUUUUGUGUUGUGCCAGAAGACCAGCCGAAAGACGGUGGCCAACACCUACAUGCUGAGCCUGGCUGUCUCUGACCUGCUUUUCCUCCUGAGCCUCCCUUUCUGGGCAGUCUACUAUUCCUUUGACUACGACUGGGUCUUUGGCCUGCUCAUGUGCAAGCUCUGUGGCAGCCUGCUCUCACUAAACCUGUACGCCAGCAUCUUCUUUAUAACCUGCAUGAGUGUGGACCGCUACCUGGCCAUUGUACAUCCCUUCCGGUGGCAGUACUGCCAGAGCCCGCGCCGGGCAGUGGUGGUCAGCAGCCUUGUGUGGACCACUGCCUGCUUUGCCACACUACCCACGAUGGUGUUCCGGGACACCCACUAUUUAAAGGAGCUGGGUGUCACAGCCUGCGUCAUGCACUACCCCACACCCACCUGGUUUUCCACAAUAGCUCUGAUGAAAUGCGUUCUGGGCUUCCUGCUGCCGUUUACCAUUAUUGCCUGCUGCUACUGUGCAAUUGUCUGCCGUCUGCUUGAGGGUCCCAGGCUGAACAAAAGCUCCGACAACCUGGACCAUGUCCUGCGGAUGGUGGUGGCCGUGGUGGUGGCAUUUUUCAUCUGUUGGUUCCCCUUCCACAUCCUGACUUUCCUAGAUGCCUUGUCCAGCCUGGAGGUGCUGCGGAUCUGCUGGAUGAAGCAGAGGGUCACUGUCCUCCUCCCUUUCGCCCUGUGCUUGGGUUUCUCCAACAGUGCAAUCAACCCUUUCCUCUAUUGCUUUGUGGGCAACCACUUCAGGCAGCAGCUCAGUGGUCUCUACCAGGCCCAGAUGUAUAGCUUGUCCCAGAAGAGGGGUUCCAUCAGCACCAGGCUCAGCUCUUUUUCCAGGAAACUUAGUGACCUCAAAGAUCUUGGUCAGAUGGAGACUGUGGAACAGCACAGCACCCCAUGAGGAGCCAUGCACUGCUUGUUUCCAGUUAAGUGGUUCACUGCCUUCUUGGGGUCAUGCUUAGGGAUCCCACUGGAGACUGGAUGACUGGCUCUCUUUUUGGCAUGUGGAUUUCAAUCCUUUAAAUUCUUGCAGCCACUGGUCUGACUUUUGAAUUUCAGAUGGUUGCUCUGGACUGCUAAGGAAAGUGAGCACAAGAUGCCAGAGAGGACUUAAACUCAUUGGCAAAUAUUGCUUGUAUGGAUUUUCUGAAAUGUGGCUUUUUUACUUUGUGUACAUUUGGCCUUAUGCAUUUCUCAAGGUAAGAUUUUUAUUUUUUUUUGUAGCUUUUCUUGGAAUUACACAACAAAGCAA